AGAUGGCCACGAAGAUGAAGGUUUCUAAGAAAGGCACCAAAAGCGAGAUCAGGGCAAGGCUCCAGGCAAGGCAGACCCAGGCCUGCUCGACCAAGGGGGCAGGAGCUGCACCUGCGUUGGCGGACGAGCGACGGGGAGCGCAGGCAAUUGCUCAUGUGGAGGCUGAAGAAGUGGACGGCCAUAUCGCCGAAAGCCAGGUGGAUAAAGAAGCUCCAGUUGACCUCACGUCGCCAGCUGGCUGGUCUCAAGAAGGCCCAGUGAGCCGUGCGACCCGAAACUUGCAAGUGCAAGUCAGCAAGCUGGAGCCCAGCAAGCGUGGUGGGCGCAGAGCAAAGAUGGCUGAUAAGCCAAAGCCGAAGAAGCGAGCUGAGCCUGUGUGUCUGGACGACAGCGACUUCGGUGGGCGCAGAGCAAAGAUGGCUGAUAAGCCAAAGCCGAAGAAGCGAGCUGAGCCUGUGUGUCUGGACGACAGCGACUUCGAGAUCUCGCGCUGCUGGCUGCAGGCCCAUGCCAAGAAGUUUGCCCAAGACUUGCAUGAGAAAGAGGACUUCACUGGAAACCGCGUCAGCUUUUCCAAGAACUCCUUGCUGGCGUUGCAGAUGUCCCUUGAGAUGUUUGCGCAGGAGUGGAUGACAGACUGCGCCCUAUUGGCGCAGCACGGAAAGCGCACCACGGUGUGCAAGAGUGAUCUCGCGCUCUCCUUGCUGAUGCGCAACGAGGGCUGGGUGGGCGGCAAGCACAAGGAAAUUCACGAGGAGGUCGAGGCGGCGCGCGCUCAGAACAAGAAGCUGCGGAAAAGCCAGCGUGACUGUGCUGAGGUGAAAUUGCCGACGGUCAGGCAGAUUGAGAAGAUGGUCUUCGGAGAUUGAGCCUGCAGCACAUGACAGAUCGCGUGAGCCCCUGCAAUUUUGGUAGUAACUUUCGCAUUUUCGAGCAGUGCGCGCCAACCCUGCUGCGUUCAGAGAAGAG